AUGGCACCGAACUCGGUUCAAAGGGAACCGAGGCAGUAUCCUCUUCCUGGUUUCCCCAUCAGACGACCGUCGUCUCGUCUUUCUCACGCUAUCAAACACCACACGUCGCCAAACACCACACGCCGCCAAACACCACCGUCUUUCUCAAAGACCACCCGCCGCCAAACACCACCAUCUCCCUCUUCUCUUCCUUCUUCCUCAACUAAUAAUGUUACCCUCACAUCCACCACCACAACAACUACUCCUACCACCACCACCACUACUCCCACAUCGGAAAAUCAAAACCUCAGGUGCCCGCGAUGCGAUUCAUCCAACACCAAGUUCUGCUACUGCAACAACUACAACCUCACUCAGCCCCGCCACUUUUGCAAGACAUGCCGCCGCUACUGGACCAAAGGUGGCGCUCUCCGCAACGUUCCCAUCGGUGACGGCUGCCGGAAAAACAAAAAUAUCGACGUGGCGAACUCAGUGGCAAAGGCAGCCUCAACCAAGAUGAAAGCCGUUGCAUAUGAGAGUGGAUCUGGAGCGGAUCUGGAGCAGAUCUGGACGAAGCUGGUGACGACAGGGAGCUCGACGACGAGGCAGUGGUUGACCACGCGACGGUGA